AUGUCGAACAACCCAUAUCAGGAUCUCCUGAACAAGAUUCAGCAGACUGCCCGGUCGCGCGGCGGCGGCGGUUUUCCUGGCGGCAGGCCACCCAUGCCUCCCCGGGGUUUGGGUCCUGCUUUGACCGGCUUCGCCCUUCUUGGUGGUGGUGCCUGGGUCCUUUCCAACGCCAUCUUCAACGUCGAUGGUGGUCACAGAGCGAUCAAGUACAGGAGAAUUAACGGUGUUAGCAAGGAGAUCUAUGGUGAAGGAACCCAUCUUAUCAUCCCCUGGUUCGAGACCCCCGUUACCUACGAUGUCCGCGCAAAGCCCAGAAACGUUUCCUCCUUGACCGGUACCAAGGAUUUGCAGAUGGUCAACAUUACUUGUCGUGUCCUCUCGAGACCCGAAAUCACCGCCUUGCCCCAGAUUUACCGUACCCUCGGCACCGAUUAUGACGAGCGUGUCCUUCCUUCGAUUGUCAACGAGGUUCUUAAGAGCGUUGUCGCGCAGUUCAACGCCAGUCAGUUGAUCACCCAGAGAGAGAUGGUUGCCAAGCUUGUUCGUGAGAACCUCGCAAGGCGUGCGGCCCGCUUCAACAUCCUGUUGGACGAUGUCUCGCUUACACAUCUCGCUUUCUCCCCCGAAUUCACAGCGGCAGUAGAGGCCAAGCAGGUCGCACAGCAAGAUGCGCAGCGUGCCGCUUUCGUUGUCGACAAGGCGCGUCAGGAGAAGCAGGCUAUGGUGGUCAAGGCCCAGGGUGAGGCCCGUUCUGCGGAGCUCAUUGGUGAGGCCAUCAAGAAGAGCAAGUCGUAUGUGGAGUUGAAGAAGCUGGAGAACGCGCGUGCGAUUGCAAACAUUCUUCAGGAGGCUGGCGGCAGGAACAGGCUGCUCCUUGAUUCUGAGGGCCUGGGCCUCAACGUUUUCGAGGAUCGCAGGACCAAGGACAACUAA